AGUGCGCAUGCGCCAGCCCUCGCCCCAGUUGCUAGGCGGUGACAGUUGAGCGCGGGCCGUGACUUUUCCUCGCGCUCACACUUUGCUCCCUCGUCCAUCAAACCGCGAGCAUGGCGGAUCCCAGGACCCGGCAGAUGAAAAUCAAGACCGGCGUGGUGAAGCGGCUAGUAAAGGAAAAACUUAUGUACGAAAAAGAGGCAAAACAGCAGGAAGAAAAAGUUGAGAAAAUGAAAGCUGAGGGGGGUGAUCACUAUGUGGUUAAAAAGCAGAUCGAGGUUUUACAAGAAUCACGGAUGAUGAUUCCAGAUUGUCAACGCCGAUUGGCAACUGCCCACAGUGACCUCUCACAGCUAUUGGAAUGCGAGAAAGAAUUGGAAGAAACUGAGGAAUACAAAGAAGCCCAGUCCACAAUAGCAUCAAUUAAAUUAGAAGCAUAGAACCCAUUAUCAAUGACGAGCUCUUUUGUUAUAAGUAUUAAGUACCAUUCCAUUUCCCCAUUUAUUUCUGUUUUAGGCAUUAUGAUCCUGCUAUUAUCAAGCUUGGGCUGUAUGUACAAAUCCUAUGAUCCAAGCCCUCUUACAAUGACUAAUUUUGUGCCACAUCAUGGUGAACUAAUGAAACAUUAAAUAAAUGUACUUGAUGACAA